AUUAGACUCUAAAAUAAAUAUAUUGAUAAAAGUAGAAAAAAAAAUUCUGGAAUUAUAAAAAAAAAAAAGAAGCAGGAAAGAAAAAGGAACACAACAAAGAUAAAGGUUUGCAAUUCAGAACUUUUCUGCAACUAGUACAAAUUUUUUGACCAAGUAUUAAACCAAAAUCUUUGGCAUAUGAAAGACUGAUAACUCUAAAAGAAUCUAAAAAGUAUCGGUAUGGUGGAUUGUCUUAACUGUUGCGAAAUAUUGGUUGCAUCUAGCAAUUUAUUUUUUUUUGUUAAAGCUGAUAGAGAUGUGCAUUUAUCGAUUAAGCCAGAACUAUAUCAGUCAGUCAAAUCAGAAAAAAAGAUUUAUGAAUUCCAAGAUAAUAAAAAAUUACGCAUAAAAUGUAGUAAUUGUGACAAUAGUAUUGGCUGUAUACUUCCAAUCGGUCCAGAUGGAAUAAAUCUUCUGGCAUUUGCUGCUGAUAAAGUAAAACUUUGUCAACGCAGCCUAACAAUAAAAGAAAAAUGGUGGAAUACAUACAAAAGUUUUGCAUCAAAAAUAGAUCAAAGAGACAGAGAUAAUUUAUUUGGAAUGCUAAAUGAACAUUUUGCAGAAAAAAAUAACAUCAAAAAAGUAGCAACCAAGACAGUCUUUCCAUCCACAGAAAAUUUAAAUUUGUUUGAAUGGUUUUCAGUUUCACUUAAAAAAAAACCACGACAAUAUCAAAUAGAAGCAUUUGUGGAAGCACUUCAAAACAAUUUAGUUGUUGUACUUCAAACUGGUUUUGGAAAAACACUUAUAGCUUCAAUGUUAAUAGGGCGUAUGUGUGAACUAAAUCCACAAAAAUUGGGUCUAAUGAUUGUUGAUAGAGUUCCACUUGUUUUUCAACAUGCAGCUUCAAUUUCAUGUGAUACUAACCUAAGAGUAAUAAGCUUGUGUGGUGAAAAUAUGAAUAAAAAUGCUGUCAAACGUAUAAAUGAUGGACGUUUUGAUGUUUUAGUUGUUACUGCUGGAGCAUUCUAUGAAAUGGUUAUGCAAAAAUACAUUGAUGUAAACAUAUUUUGUGUGGUAGUAAUUGAUGAGUGUCAUCAUGCAACUGGUGGUCAUAAGUAUUUGGAUGUUAUUCAAUUUUUUACUUCCAUGCCAUUAGCAACUCAGCCUAGAAUCUUAGGCUUAACCGCGUCUCCAAUUAACGCAAAAACCAUUCCUCAAGGUAAAGAUAGACUUCAAAAAUUUCUUUUAAGUUUUCCAUUUGCAAAGAUUUUUUGUCCUGUAUUAUCAAAAUCUGAACAAAAUAUUAUAACUUUGGAGUUUGCAUACUCAGAAGAUCAGUCAAGUUUUUUAAAUCAGGUAGUUCUAAUGUUUAAUGAACAUCUUAAGAAUAAUAUAUAUUCUCCUUUGAAAAUUUCUGGAAUUGAAUUAAAGCAUAAUUUAUUGAAUUCUUACCAGAUGAUUGGAGAUUUGCGUGCAUUAGAAAGUAAUUAUCCAGAACAAUCUGGAGUUAUCUCAGCAAUAAAAGUUGCUUAUAUUUAUAUAGAAUCUUUGGAAAUGUGUGCUAUUAUGGGUGUUAGUACUGCAUAUAAUGUUAUAAAGGAUUAUGUGAAAGAAAUUAAUACAGCCUAUGAAAGUGUUCAUGAAGAUUCUGCUCGCCUAAAAAAAUUAUCAAAAAUUUUAAGAGGUCUGGAGAAGACCUCUAAAGUACUUAUUUUUGUUCAUACUAGAAAUGUUGCAAGAGCAUUAUACAAGUUUCUUUGUGACAAUUUUGGCAUGUUUAAUCCUAGAAUGGUAUUUGGUCAUGGUGGAUAUGACGGUAUGUUAUGGGAAGGUGAACAAGAGCUUGCAAUUAGGGAUUUUGCAACAGGUGAAUGUAACUUAAUUGUUGCUACUUCAGUUUUAGAAGAAGGGCUUGAUGUUGCUGAAUGUGAUGUAGUUGUUUCUUUUACUUCAGUCAAAAGUCUUAUCCAAUUUAUUCAAGUAAGAGGUCGAGCUAGAAAACCUGGAAGUAAAUUUUUUUCCUUUCAAAGUAUGCAUGAAGCUGAAAGAAUCAAUUCUCUUUUUAAACAGGAAGAAAUCUUGAAUUCUGUUUUACAAAAGCAUUCUAAUUCCCAAUGCCAUUUUUCUAAUUUAACUAAAGAUAUUAUAAAGAAAAUUAAGGAACAUUAUAUUGAUAAGCCUAAAAUGAACUUUGAUAAUGCGGAAGAAAGUCACGACUUCUCAUUUUUAGUUUAUGUGGAAAUUAAAAAAGUUGAUUUAACUAAAGCUAAAGAAAAAAUUCUUGAAGUUAUUCAAGAAUGUAGUGAGUUUAAAGUUAAACAUUUUGAAAUUAUUAAUACCACUGUUGAGAUGAAAUCAUCUACUCUUCGAGUGUUUUCAAAAGAUUGUAUAGUUUUUCUGGUUGGUGCUCAAACACACUCACAUAUAUCUACUUCUUUAGAUGCGUUUUUUCAAUUUUGUAGAACUUUCAACUUCAUGAUAAAACUUGAUGAUGUUUGUGUAUGUCCAUCAUGGACUCAGUUUAGUAUUAAAUCUUGUAAUCUUGAAUGCUCAAAAGAUAUUGAAAUAACAAAGUUUGGGAUUGGUUAUUUUGUCAAUAAAACAUCAUGUGUUAUAGCAAAAGAAAUUAAUGCUAAAAGCUGUUUGUUUACUGAAAAAGAAUUUAUUAUAAAUUAUUUUGAGGAUUUUUCCCAAAUGUUUGUUAAAGUUCCAUUAACAUCUUUUGGAUAUUUUGGUUUGCUUUCAAUUGACAAGAAUUCUUUCUCGUUGAGCUUGGUAUUGUUGCAUGCACCUUUUAUAUACAAGUUAAUAGAAGACAAGAAGGUAAGAGUAAUACAUUCAGAUUUACCAAAAUUGUUUUCGAAGUUCUCGCUAUUGCAAAUAACCUUUUCUAUAAAUAAAGUUCAGGAAGUUCAACAGGCAUUACUUUCUCCGAAAUUAUUUCCAGUUCCACAUUUUUAUGUAAAACUUAAAAUUGUUGAGCCAGCUAAUGAUUUAAAUGAUUGUUCAUGCAAUUAUUCGAUGGAAUCUUUGAAAGAAAUAAAGUGGUAUUUAGGUUGUAUAAAAGAUUCAAGACUGCUUUGUUUACCCAAUGAUCCACUAAAUAAUAUAGUUAAGCAUAUAGAAAAAAAUGAAUAUUUAGGAUUACCUUUUAAUGAAGUCCUUCAGUUAUGUGAAGCAGCAAUAAAAGCAGUUUUCAGCCAAUUAAGUAAGUACUCGUACUUUGACCAUUUUUUUACUAUUUAUGAAAUUGAGUUUAAUCAUAUCCUAAAAAUUCCUUUAUCGAAAAGGGAUAUUUUACAAGAUGUAAUUCCUUCAAAUUGUAUUAUGAUCAAACGCAUUCUUGCAACACCUACUCGCAUUGUGAUGCUGCCUCCAGUUCCAGUUGCAUCAAAUAGGUUGCUACGCUUACUUUGUAGUUACAACAAUUUAAUUGUUUCCUUUAAAGAUGAAGAUAUGUCAAAGUCACAAGAAAACAUGGAGUAUAUUUCAGUACUUAUCAAAGAUGGAAUUAUGGUAAAUGAUUUAAGAUAUUUAUUUUUUACAUCUUCGGCAAGUCAACUCAGAGAUCAUAAGGCCUAUUUUAUUCAGGUAUCUUGCAAUACUGAAAUAAAAAAAUUGAGAGGUCAAAUUAUUCCUCAGCCAGUCCAAUUCAACAGUGUUGCAAAAUAUUUAUCUCGCCUUGGUCUUUAUGCUACAGCCGAUAUGGGAAAAUUUUUUAACAUUAGUCUUGAUAUGUGCUCUUGGAUAGAUGAUCUAAAAGCAAAAAAUGGUGAACUAACCACUGAUGGAUGUGGUAAAGUAUCUUUAUCAAUGAUUGCUUGUAUAUCAAAAUUUUUUAAAAUUGAUCAAACCUCUGCUCUACAAAUUAGAUUUUCUGGUAUAAAAGGAGUUUUAGUGUGUACAAAUGAUGAUGAUCCAGAUUUGAAAAACAAACCAUUUGCCUUUCGCCAAUCAAUGAAAAAGUUUGAAAAUAGUGACAAAGGUUUUUGUAUUACUUCUUUCGCAAAAUAUAAUUCUUUAAAGUUAAAUAGAGAAGUAAUUACACUUUUAAAUGCUGUUGAUUCUAAUUUAUUUUCUAGAAUUUUAUUAAAAAUGCAACAUGUUGAUUUAGAGAGAGUUGUAGAGAUUUUUAAUAAUAAAAGUUUUGCAGAAAAAUAUUUAUGUGAAUAUUUUCCAAAAGAAAAAGUAGAUAGGUUAUCUAUAGUUAAUUUUCACCAUGAAAAGUUUUGGUUUUCUGUCCUUCAAGGAAUCUAUCGACUCAAAGUGCGCAAUUUACUAGAGAGAGCUAAUCUCUCUGUUGAAAAGGGAUGUUUGGUGGUUGGAGUGGCUGAUCCAGUUGGUAUUUUGAAAGAAGGGGAAAUAUUUUUACAAAUAGAUCAUGACAACAAAAAAGAGAUUAUAAUAGGUGAUGCUUUGAUAUACAGAAAUCCUUGUUUACAUCCAGGUGACCAGAGAGUUGUAUGCUGUGUUGAUAAACCUUCUUUACAUUAUCUAGUGAAUGUUGUUGUAUUUCCUGUAAUAAAUUGUGAAUUAUCUCUUGCAGCAUCUUGCAGUGGUGGUGAUCUUGAUGGUGAUCAAUUUGCAAUUAUAUGGGAUACGAAACUUAUUCCACCAAGACAUUUAAUAUAUCCUCGUUUUGACUACUCUCAACUAACUUUAGUUGAUCCAUUGAUUAAAAAUGUUGAUGUUACAGAUGAGAAUGUUAUUGUAGACUUUUUUAUGAAAUUUAUGAAGAAUGACAGUUUAGGCAGAAUCGCUCAUAAACAUCUUGCACUUUGUGAUUUUAUUGAAAAUGGAGCUCGUAAUCCAUUAGCUGUUGAAUUAGCUAAAUCUCAAGCUGCAGCUGUUGACUAUCCUAAAACCGGAAUACUUCCAGAAGUUCCUGAAGAGGCUUGUAACCUUAUUAAAAAAAAUGGUUAUCCUGAUUUUAUGAAUAAGAAUAACUCAUACUGCUCCAAUAAAAUACUGGGUUAUAUUUAUCGUGAAUGUAAAUCUAUUGCAUUCAACUUUGAUUGUUCAGCUGAAGUAAGUAUGGAAAAUGCGUUUGGUUCUAAACUAAUAAUUGAAGGUUAUCAAGAAUAUUUGGAAGAUGCUUUAGAAGUCUAUACUUGUUAUGUCCAUAAUUUUAAAAUGAUCAUGUCAUGGUUUGACUUAAAAGUUGAAGCUGAUGUGGUUUUAGGUUGUGCUACAUAUAGUUGGAGUAACUAUAUUGAUGCUGAUAGAGGAAAAGCUGCAAAGUCUAUUGCUGAAUGCUACCAAGCAUUGGUAAAAAAAUUUCGUGAAAUUUUCUUUAGUGAUGUUGAUGAUGUUGUUUCUAAAAUGAAAAAAGCUUGUGCAUGGUAUAACUUGGUUAAUGAUAAAAAAAAUAAUGUUUUUGAACGUAAAAAAUAUUUAAGUUUUCCUUGGGUUAUAAGUGAUGUGCUAUGUGAAGUAUUCCAAGAGAAACACAAUCAAAGACCAAGUAGUUUUUUCAUUGAAAUUGGUUCAUCUGCUAUCGAUUAUUUUAAUAAGAGUUCAUUAUUGUUAUUAAAGACCAUCACAGAUAAAACAAAAGUUUUAGAUAUUAUAGAACAUGAAAUUGCAAGGUUUGUGGAUAAAGAAUAUAGAAUUGAUAAAGCAUUUGAAAUAUCUUUAUAUGGCUCAACAUCAAUAUAUGUGUGUGAACCUGAAUCAGAUGUUGAUAUAUGUAUAUCAGCUGAGCAGAAUGUUUUUUUAAGCAACAUAUUUCCUCCUGAAAUGAAAUUUUCUAUGAAUCAGCUGGAGAAAGAAAAGUAUAUUUUAGAAUUUGUAAUCUCAAGAGCAUUGGAACUAGUUUCAUCUUCUAAAAAAGAAAUUUUGAAAACCAAAGUUCCUAUUAUUAAAUGCUUGAUAGGUAAUGAAGAUAGUGCAAUCAGUUGUGAUAUUUCAAUGAAUUUGAUUGGUCGGCUUAAAACACAAUAUAUACAUUUUCUUUAUAAAAAUAAUUUCUUGUUUUUCCCCUUAUUUCGGAUAUUGGUAAGUUGGGCACGAGUUGUAGGUCUAGUAAAAAGCUCUUCAAAUGAAAAUGGAAUCAUGGAUACAGCUGAAAUUUACUUGCUUAUUAUUAAUUUAAUGGAAACAUUGAAGUAUGAAAACAAUGUUGAAAACAAUUGGUAUUGUUCAAUUUCAUAUCUUUAUAGCUGCUUAGACAAACUUAAUAAAGUAGAUAAACAUGAACUAGGAUUAAUGUUGCACACUUUCUUUAGAAAGGCAGCAAACUUGAAAGGUAAUUUAGUAUUCUAUUGGCCAGUACCUAAUACUCCAGAAGUUUUAAUAGAUAGUAAAGUAACUGAAAAAAUAUCAAUUUUGGCACAAAAUGCAUUUCAUUUGAUAUCGGCUACAAAAAGUGUAAAUGAUUUAUUUUUACAUAUUUUGAGGUCACAAAAAAGUUUGGAAGAAUAUUCAUUUAAAUUGCCACUUUCUGUGUCCUAUGCAAUUAUGCAGGGCAUCUCAUUUCAUUCAAGUCGGCUUUCAAAACUUAGUGGGGCAAUUGUUUCUCUAACUCUAAAAGAAGGAACCUUAAAUCUUUUGGUAACUGCAGUGGGCUCCAGUUUAUCUAUAAAUCUUCUUCGUUCAGAAAUACACAAUCUUAUUCAUACAAAUAAAAUUUUAACUUUAGGCGUGUUACCUAAAAAAAAAUCUAAAUACUUCAUGGAAGGUUCAUCACUUUUAAUUGUGGAAGGAAAUACCCUUGCAUCUAACCCAACAUUAAAGUUUGAAGAAAAUUUAGGAGCGUUUGAACUAUUACAUACAUGCAACAGAAAAGAUUCUUUGUAUGUAGAAAAUAAUUUUGAGUCAGUACCUGUUUGGUUGGAUGAAGAAUAUACUAGGUUUCAAUCUUGCAUAUUUAAACAAAUGUUAAUGUUUCCACGUGCUAAUAACAUUUCUAUCGAAGCGACAUCGCGAUUUGGUUGUUUUUACUUAAUUGACCUCAGUAAACAAUUGCCAGACACAAAAACAUCUUUAAAAUUGACUGAGUUAGAGCAAAUGAUAGAACGAGGUCACACUAAUCGUAAAAAAUUUGACAGAACAGAUUUUAGUUUGCCAAACAAUCUACAAGAAAGAAGCUCUGAGAAAUUUAAUCCAAAGAUUUUACGAAAGAGUGUACCGGAUGUAGAAUUUGCUAUAAAUGUCAAGAAAAAAAUAAAAAUAAAAAAGAAAAACUGUUUAAGAAUUGCAACAGCAUUUACUCCAUGUUUGCUUGAGUCCAACACUAAUGAUGAAAGUGCAAAACAAAAACUUUUAAGAAUUUAUGAAAAAGUUCUUUUAGAGUGUGGAUUUCAGAAUGGGUCUUCUUUCUUUCGAUUAUUCGCUCCUUGGAAAGUAACUUUAAGCGUUAGCUCUAGUUUUGAAGUAGACAUUAAGCUUGAUAACAGUUUGAAAGUAUUAGAAAUAGCUGAGCGACCAUUAACUUGGUUAAAAGCCACGUUGAUUUCUAGCAAAAAACAAUCAUUCUUGGAUCAAAUACAAACAAAUCCAGACAUUCGAAUGACAAUUGUUUCUCAAGAUGUGGUAAAAACAGAUUCAGAGCUUUAUAAUGUUGUUUAUCCUUUAAUAAACGGGGUUCGUACUCUCCCGAUUAACUUAAAAGAUGGAAGACCCAAAUUGACGCCAUUAGAUGGGAGGAAUUAUGUGAGUGUUGUUCGAAACGUUGAAUGGCAUAAAAAAAUGUCAAAUGGUGUAAUAAACGCCAAUAUUUCUUACGGUCAAUCAUUUUUUGGGUACGAGUUGCAGUUAGCGUGUCCUUUUUGCGAAUUAUCUUUACAAUUCAAUACUGAAAAAUUAAAAAAUUCUUUGGGAGAAUUUAUGCAACUUGAUUUGUUAAAUGAGUUUACAAAAGAUUUUUAUUACAAGUCUAUCGAAGUAAGAAAUAUUUUGGAAAAGUUUUUAUCUCAAAAAGAUUUUUAAAUAGUUAUGAUUUAUUUAUGGUUUGUCACAAUAACUUCAACGGUUUUUAACGACACAUACAGCUAAUUGAAUUAAAUAACUUUGAAGAAUCUACCGAUAAUCUUAAAGAACCUCAUUAC